AUGCAGCGCCGCAAACAGGGUCGGAAUGACGCCACCUGCGGCCGAUUUGACGGAAAGUGCGAGAAGCGUGAGCGCGAGCGGGCGAGGCGGCGGGAACAGGAGCGGCAGCAACAGGCGCAGCGGGAGGGCAGGGCAGGGCGGCGGGAGGAAGACGCAGCAGUGGAUGCAAGGGGGAAGGAGCGAAAUGGAAUAAACAAGAGGGAGGGAUACAGUUGGAAAAGUGUAGACCGUUUGAAGACGCAGGAAAACAAGAAGCAGAAGAAACGCGGCGGGGAAAACGAGCGCGAAAGCAGAAAGACCGAGCAGAAGCAGCAGCAGCAGCAGCAGAAGCAGGAGAGUGUCCGCCGCGCUGCCGCUCCAGUGGGUCCUGCCGUGGAUUACUGCUUCAUGCUCCCAGCUUAUUGA